CUAGACGGAGCGGUCUCAAGUCGUGCGUUUGGACUUAUUUUAAAAGGCAUUUCGUUUAUAUUAUUCAUUACAGUCCGUUUUAUUUCGUAAAAUAGAGUUUGCAUGCUUCUGUAACGCAUUCGACUAUAUCGUUUGUCUGCAUUUUGCACUUUGAUCAUUUGCUGCAGUGAGACUAUUAUCUCCAUCAGCAUCCAUUCAACCUUACUCAUCAAUCACUAAUACUCUUAACUUGUAACACAAGGAGUUGGAUGUGGAUAUUGCCGUGUCGUUUGGUUGCAAACCACAAUUAGCCUUUAAAACCAAGCCGUUAACUGUUUGUAGAGUCAGGCACAAGCUCGUGUUCAUGCCCGAUCUGCAGCGCUUCAGUUUUCCGUACCGUAGUAUGAAUUCACCUCUCCAUCAUCAGCAUCAGCAUCAACUGCAGACACCAGAAGGACCUGGACAUCCCGAUUCCCCGUCCGGUUUGCUCCCCGAGGCUGCCGACCAAUCUUCUUUUUUCCUUGGAGAUCCUACUGGAUUCGGAUUUGGCCCAGUCGGCGUCUCCCAAAGCGCACUUGACUUUACAGGAUCUCACAGUGGGUUACCUUACCUGCAUUUCAAUCCCUCCCUUCACUGGUCCCAACCUCCCCCUCCUACUGCCAUGGCACUGAGAAACGACCUGGGCUCCAACAUAAGCGUGCUGAAGACCCUAAAUCUGCGGUUCCGAUGCUUUCUGGCUAAAGUGCAUGAACUUGAAAGACGCAAUAAGAUUUUGGAGCUUCAGCUACAGCAGGCCUUGGACAGUAAUAAAUCGGUUGGAUGCGUAGAGGACGGAAGGACCAAAGACGUCGGUGUCCAAACUGGGUUUGUUGGCCCUAUUCCUGUCCGGCCCGGGUCAUUAUCCCUCCAAAACACCAACAACUCUGCCAAACGUCCCACUACUUUGUUCAUGCCUUCUCUCACAACGGUUCUCAAACUGGAACCCAAUAAAGUUGACGACGAGAGCGUCUGUUCUGAUCCUAAAUCAAAAAGAAACCCAACUAUCAAAGUUAGUGUCUGCACACCCACCACCGAAUCCGCCUCGGCAAAUACCAACAACUCCAAUAACAGCCCACAUGUAAGCAAAGUUGGCGCCUGGACCUCUACCAAUCCGCCGCCACGGUUCCUCCCGGGCACUAUCUGGUCCUACAGCCACACCCGUAAACUGGGAAGCGGGUCAGAGACUCGGGUCACCAGUCCUGGGGUGUCGUGGGUUCACCCGGAUGGAGUCGGUGUCCAGAUAGACACUAUAACCCCGGAGAUCAGAGCACUUUACAAUGUCCUGGCUAAAAUCAAAAGGGAGAGGGACGAGUACAAACGAAGAUGGGAGGAGGAAUACACUAUGAGGAUGGACAUGGAGCAGAGAGUCAGUGAUCUACAGGAGGAUCUACAGGAGAGUGAAGUUUGUCAGGAUGAGUUAGCCCUCAAAGUGCAACAGCUGAAAGCUGAACUUGUGCUCUUUAAAGGACUCAUGAGCAAUAACCUGUCUGAGCUGGACAGUAAGAUCCAGGAGAAGGCCAUGAAGGUGGACAUGGAUAUCUGCAGACGCAUUGACAUCACUGCUCGCCUGUGCGAUGUCGCCCAACAAAGAAACUCUGAAGAUCCGAUCAAGAUCUUUAAGGUUCCUAGCCCUCAGAACGCAAUCACCUCUCGUGCCCGUAAACAAGCCUGUCAGCCUGCCACUGGCAGCGAGACAGAUGAGCCAGUCAGCACUUCUGAGAGUGAUGGAGGUUGUGUGAGAGAAGAUGAAGUGUGCCCUCCUUCAACCUUUCAGAUCAAUGAGGAGAUGCAGAGAAUGUUAACUCAACUGCGUGAGUGUGAGUUUGAGGAUGACUGUGACUCCCUGGCCUGGGAAGAGACUGAGGAGACGCUCCUCCUGUGGGAGGAUUUCCCAGGAUGCACUUUAACAGCAGACACAAGUCAGGGUGAAGAAGAGAGUUUGGAGAAGGUGAUAAAAGACACAGAGUGUCUGUUCAACUCCAGGGAGAAAGAAUAUCAGGACACUAUAGGCCAGAUAGAGUUGGAGUUGGCCACAGCAAAAUCAGACAUGAAUCGUCACUUGCAUGAAUACAUGGAGAUAUGCAGUAUGAAGAGAGGGCUGGACGUACAAAUGGAGACCUGCAGAAGACUCAUCACCCAGAGCGGAGACAAUAAAUCCAGUUCGCCUGUUCCUGGAGCAAGUGCAGAUGUAAAUGGAGACACAGAGAGGGAUAAAUCCGAGGAUGGAGGAAGAUAAUAGUGAUGAAAUGUAUCUGCAGGAGGCAUUAGUAAAAUGAAAAGAGCCCCUUUUGUCCUCACAGCAGGCAACAUCUGACCGAUAUCAACCUUCUCGUGUUUUUGCAUUGUAUCUGGUCGCUGCCUCUAGUGGUGAUGAAUGAAAUAACAUUACAUUUUACAUUUACGCAUUUGUCAGACGCUUUUAUCAAAAGCGACUUACAUUGCAUUAUCCUAUACAUUUUUGUUUCUAUGUAUGUGCAAUCCCCUAAGAUCGAACCCACGAACAGUGCCAUGCUCUUACCACUGAGCUACAGGAAAGCAUCAAGUGCGCUCACUGCUCAACACAAAAAAACACAUGUUCACACUGACAUGUUCACUCUGUGAUAUUUUUCCUUGUGGUUGCGCAGCAGAGCAGCACGGCAGUUUUCACACCUACAUACGUGUCAUUGUGCCUGUGUCCUUUUGCUGAUUGUCUUUCUAAUCUGAUUUCAUCGUUUGUCUGCUAACGGGUAUCAUUCAUGUUUUCCGUCUCGUCCUCUAAAGGUCUGAGUCACCGUAUUGUCAGCAGCGAACACAUUACCUUUGAUUGCGGAUGUCGAAUGGGUUCUCAUAAAGUUUCCGUUUCCUAGAGACUCAGAGCAGUUAAGGGGACAUUUGUUAAUCUAUGGUUUCAGCAUGUGCCAUUACGUGCCGCUGUGUGCUGUGGGUCGGUAGGUGUUGUGCUUCCUGUCUGACCCUCUGUAAAUACUAGGCUGUUAAUGCAGGUGAGAGGCAGCGGUUUUCCUGCAACUCGAACCGCAAAUUCAUAAGAAAUUUGUGAUAUUUGACGUGCUAAAAGGAUUGUGCUGAUGCCUGGCUGCUUUGGAGUCUGAGCUCAUGUGUGACUUCCUCUCAUGCGAGUGGAAAACAUGAGUGAUCAGUGAGAUCAUAGGAGUGAAGUUUGAGGAUGUUUUGGCUCGAUGUCUAAGAUAAGCGUUAACCAUGUAAACCGCUUUGUUAUUUCCUUUUUACACUGCCCCCAGUUUACUUCGUCUUGGAUGUAAUUUAUGUUGAGCUUUUGUAUCAGGAGCCGGAUUCAGAAGGAAAUUGGCAAUGCAACGCAAUGGUUGCCAUGUGAUUGUAUUGUGAAUUACAGUAGCGAUACGUUUUACAUUUGCCUUUUUUAGUUCAUGCAUUCUCUGGGAAUCGAAGCCCUGACCUUGGUGUUGCUAGCGCUAUUCUUUGGAACAGCAACAGCGUGUUUAUUUACUACAAUAGGUUCACAGGUUUCUUUUUCAUCAGCAUUUAAAUUCAUUUCAGCAUUUUAAGCUCAUUAUCAUCUCAGUUUGAGGUGGUUUUGGUCGUUUUUUUUUAAGUGCGCAGCUACAAAACCUUGGAGUCGUCACAGACUUUCUUUCAAUAGUGAUCAGUCUCCUUUAUUCUCCAGAAAUAUUUGUGUGUAAAAAUGUACCAAAAAUGUAUAUUUCUGACAAUACCAGUGCAGAGUCAUAAAGUAAAUUUUCACAGUGUUUUGACGUUUCAGUUCCCCAAUCCCCACUAUAACUUGUAUUGGCAUUUUGAGAUGAUGAUGAUGGGUUUGGUCUACUGUAGAAUGAUUUUUUGAGAAAUUCAAAGGAUUAGAAAAACCAGUGUCUAAUCGGCUAUUUCUAAUAAAACACCCACAUGUUUUAAAAGAAACUGGCAAACCGACAUCACGUUGGCUUUGAUGGUCAUGCACAUCUUUAGUCAAAUAGGGAGUCUAAGCGUAAGCCACUGCAUGACUUCAGGGACAAAAGCUUAAUUCUGUUGAAUGAGUCGGACAGAAACGUUUCGAGUGCCAAAUGUGAAAUUAAGCCUUUAGGAAAGAUUCUUCACACAGUAAAAAUGAAAAACCUCAUGCUUUUAAAAACAUGGUGCUGUGCAUCCAGCUUGAACAUUUCCAUUCUAGAAAAACAAAUCAAAGAGUGAAAGCUUUAAUAAAUGUAUGUACAGUACAUAUCACUUUAUAAAAUGAAACCGAACAGAGCAUGAUCUUGUGUUAUGAACCAUCAUCAGGUUGUUUUUCUCUUUAUCACAUUUUAUUAUUUGCACACUGACUGCAUUGUAUGUCUGCUUUAGGUUUUUCCCUUUAACCACACUGAAAUUCUGCAAGUUUGGCUUAAUUUAAUAAUUUUAUCAUGAAGGUAUUUCCAAAGCUGAUUUUAGUGUUUAAAAUCUAAGAAUAGAUGUGUCAACAGAGACAACUAAAGUCGUUCUAAUGGUUAGUCUACAAAAUUAGUUAAAGUCCCCGUGAAAUUUAAAAUGACAGUUCUUAAUUUUUCAUGAAAUAUUGCAGCGUUUAUAGUACAUAGCUUAUCAAUGUGGGUCAUUUUCUUUUAAAAAUUCAUAUACCCUCAUAAUCUUUAGUUAAAAUCUGAAAAUGCACUUCCGCCCUGAAAUGACGAUCCAUCUCAAAUGACGUAAAUUAGACGGAGUGGCCGGAGCAUCCAUUAACUCCUCCCCUUCAACUGUAAGUCUGCUGCCAGUUUCAUUUCCAAAUCAAUGCAACAGCUGUUCUUACACUUCCAAUCAAUUCACAGUAAAAAACGCAAGCCACGCCCACAAAUGUUCUCCUUUCAAAUUCCUUUUCCAUCUGAAAUGUGUCGUAAGUAGAAACGAUUGGAACUUCCCGUUCACGGGGGCUUUAGAGGAAAAAUCUAAGGUGACCUUUGACCUGUGAGUUAUUAUUACAAUGUUAAGGUUUGAUUUUGAAGAACGUUUUUUGAGAACUGAAAAUUGCUGAAUAGUAUAUUGAAUUUGUUUUGUGAAAUUGCUUUCUAAAGAGUUUUCUCUCAAGGUCUCCUAUAAGAAGCACUGUAAACAACUGAGCCAUUGUUUAAAAUCUUUAAUCAUAUAUAAUUGUUAUUCGUUUUCCAGCACUGAGCUGAACCGUGUGUAAGACUAAUGUAUGCAUGUGUACAUGUAUGAAGCGCACUACAGGAUUCUGCGAUGAGUACAAUUUUUUUUCCACAGCGAUUUACUUCUUGUUUGUUGCUAUAACAAGCUUUAAAACUUGAGAAUUUUCUUAACAAUACGAUUUGCAUUGUGACCGCAAAUCUGAUCUUAUAGAAAGGACAAUAAUAUUCAGUCAGGGAAAUUACUCAUUUGAACUGACUAUAUUUUCCUUUGUUAAAUGUCUUUGAAAACCUGCAGAUUUGCAGUGGCUACAAACAACGAGUAAAUUCCACACAAUACCUUCACUAGAAUACUAACUGAAGUUGGAAAAAUUGAACACGUGCUUAGAAAGAAUGCUUAUUUGCAAUAACAGUAUGAAUGCUCUGAGGCUGUAUCCCAGAGAGAGAGAAUAUUGUAUGCUCAAACGCUGGCUAUGCAAGUCCUGUACCCUGACAAGAUAAACACUACAUUUAAAGGUCUCACUUGAGACUCUUGGAGCUUAGUAGAUUCUGGAAGAAAGCCUUAAUGUUGUCAGAGACAUAACAUCCCCGGGUCAUUCUGAAACAUUUCACAGGAAUGAAUCUUAACUUGUUCCUACUUUGGAAUUGUGAUAAAGGAAAUGUUUUGUGUCAAUGGAGCUUAUUACCUCUGAAGGGUUUCUCUUUAAACGUACACAUGUGCCUUUGUGGUCGUGGGUCUAGUCAUGUAUGUAAAUUACAUCAUGACAUGAUUUGAGCAUUGAUGAAGUAAUGUCUACAAGUAUUUUUCGAGAAAUUGUCUUGGCUAACUAUGUAAAAUGUUUUAAAAACAAAUUGUGAUUGGCAAGCAUUACUUCCACUGGUAACCUCCUGAGAAAGCUUCUUAUUGCAAGCGUAUAUUUAGAGUCGGGUAAACUAACUGUUUGUUAUUUUUAUUGUUUUAUUUUUAUCAUUAUAUGUGUAUUAAUCAUGACCUCUUGUUAAGGGGCUCAACCAUUAAUUGUCAUGGUAGACCCCAAACUCUUACACCCGUGGUCUAAGACGUUUAAGCUGUUUCGUAAGUCCGGCUCUAGUUAUGCGCUUCUAUAUUUAAACACAUUCAAAAGAAGCCAUUACCAAGGAGGAAGAAAGACCCAGAAAGUUGCAACGGCGCAUGUGGUUUGCGUUCCAUUAAAAGAGUAGCAGGACUAUAUGUAUAUAUAUAUAUAAAUAUGUAUCUAACCAAAAGCAGAACAGGAAUUGCUCGCUUUAAUGCAAGUGUACAGACAGACUGGAGCUUCAAAACAUUUCAAAAUAAAGGUU